CCGGCUACCAUUGUUGUGCGCGUCGGUAAUAACCGCCCUGAUCUGGGCACCAAUCCGAUUUGCAAUCGUUUCACUGGUCUACUCGAAGAGGGUCAACCACUGUUUCUGCCCUGCAACCCCCCAAUGCCUGGUGCAUUUGUCUCCGUGCACUUAGAGACGAAUAUACCAAAUCAACUGUCCAUUUGUGAAGCCUUCGUCUACACCGAUCAAGCUUUGCCCAUCGAACGUUGUCCCACGUUCCGCGAUCAGCCACCCGGUGCGCUGGCCUCCUACAAUGGCAAGUGUUACAUUUUCUAUAACCGCCAGCCCCUAAACUUCCUCGAUGCGCUCUCAUUUUGUCGCUCUCGCGGCGGCACACUCAUCAGCGAAAGCAAUCCUGCGUUGCAGGGCUUCAUUAGUUGGGAACUAUGGCGUCGGCAUCGCACUGACAUUAGCUCACAAUAUUGGAUGGGCGCUGUACGCGAUGGCACAGAUCGCAAUACCUGGAAGUGGGUGAAUGGCGAAGAGGUGGCGGUAUCUUUCUGGAAUCAUCCGGGUGGCGAUGAAGACUGCGCGCGUUUUGACGGCUCGAAGGGUUGGCUCUGGAGUGACACCAACUGCAAUACGCUACUGAAUUUCAUUUGUCAACAUCAACCAAAGACCUGCGGUCGUCCUGAGCAACCGCCAAACUCGACUAUGCUGGCACUAAACGGCUUCGAAGUGGGCGCACAGAUCAACUAUUCCUGCGAUGCUAAUCAUUUGCUUGUGGGUCCAGCGACACGUACGUGCUUGGAGACUGGUUUCUAUAAUGAAUUCCCACCGGUUUGUAAAUAUAUCGAAUGUGGACUGCCUGCUUCUAUUCUACAUGGCUCAUAUGACCUCAUCAAUGGUACUGUGGGCUAUCUCAGCGUAGUGAAAUAUUCAUGCGCUAAGGGCUUUGAGAUGAUUGGACGUGCAGUACUGACCUGCGACUUCGAUGAGCGCUGGAAUGGCCCACCGCCGCGUUGUGAAA